AAAUUCCAGUUCUCUUCCCUCCAAUCCUCCAUCGGAGCUCGUUGUCGCGGCCUCACUGUAAAUCGCUACCUUCGUUGUAUCAACAUCUCAAGGAAGCUUCGUUACAUGCGUCAUGGAUGCGAACAAUACCUUCGAUUCUGAUCUGAUUCAUGCCAUUUUUAAGCACAUUUGGGCCCGAAGAUUUCGCGAAAGGGAGAGGAGCGAUGCAAUUGAUGCUACGGAAGCUGAGAUUGCUCUGGGAACAACCAAGAAGAACAGACUUGCUUCUGCAAACGCAAAUGCUUUAAAACUCAGCUGUGAACUUCUCAAGAGUUUUGUCUCAGAGGCUGUGCAGCGUGCUGCUAUAAUCGCUGAAGCUGAGGGAAUGGACAAGAUUGAAGCUACUCAUUUAGAGAGGAUUCUUCCCCAACUUCUUUUGGACUUUUAAGAAAUAUGUGAAGAAUUACCAGGGACUAUUCCACAAGAGUUAUUCUGAAGAUCAUACCACUAGUUUGUUUAUAGGCUAGGCUAAUGUGGUAAUAUAUGGUUCAUGUAGAACGAAAUCUAUAUAUAUAUUUGACUUGAUUCUGGAUAUAUGCUCUAUGUGCUUCAGAGCUGAUUCCAAUGCUAUCACCAGUAACACACCAAAAUACUCUGAAAUGUAAGAAUAAAUCUUAGCCAUCGUC